AUGGAAAAAGAACGUUCAUCAGAUUUUGCCUCCGCAUUCGCCUCCACCAAAUUCUGCUCAUAUCCGGCCUACUCCUACCUACCGCGACCGCACUCCACCGCAUCAGCAUCCAUGUCUCUCGUCUCCGCUCUCAAUCACGACCCUAUGGUGUCCGCGCAACACUCCAUGACCCCUUCCUGCAGCGUCGUCCCCCCGGACGGCUCCUCCGCCUGGCCCGCUUCCGCGGCUGCAGCUGCUGCUGCUGCGGCGCAAGUGCAGUCCCACGCGCCCAUGUGGGCCUCCCCGCCAUUCCACUGCCAGGCGCUCCCGCCUCCCGCAACCAUCGGUUCCGCGUGCUACUCGUUCCCCGGAGGCGAGCCUGCCCCGCCUAUGUUCACGUUCCCGCAGUUCCGCCUGACGAACACUCUCGCUGCGGCGCAGCUGAUGGAAGCGGGAGCUUCCGCCUCCGCCGCUGCUGCCGCCGCCACGACCGGAUCCGACAGCAAGGGCAAGCGGUUGAACGAAAAUGCGUCAGAGGCGUUGAGCAAUCCGGCUCUCGCGCUUCGACCGCGGAAAAGAGGACGAUCGUUCUCGCAGGUCAUGUACGAAGCUGCGCAGCAACAGCAGCAGCAGCAGCAGCAGCAGCAGCAGCAGCAGCAGCAGCAGCAGCAGCAGCAGCAGCAGCAGCAGCAGCAGCAGCAGCAGCAACAGCAGCAACAACUGCAGUUGCAGCAACAACAGGCCCAAAUAAUGCAAUCGCAAAUGUUCGCAGCAGCUACGCCUCUUAGCGCAGAGGCGGGGAACGCGCCGCCGCCUGUCCUUGGUAUCCCUGUUCACGGCUAUAAUAUUUUCUCCUUGGUCAAACCGCUCGAGAGCACGUUACGUGCGCCGUCCGCGAGCUUGCCGCAAACUUCCGUUCUGAAACCCGCGGUGUCCGUCGCCAACGGCGCAACUGAAGGCGCCGCUAACGAUGCCGGUUUGUUACAGGUUCAAGAGCAGCAGGGCAGUAGCGGCGCUAUGAAACCUUUCGCGAUGGCGGCUGAGAACGGGGCAGAGAACGGCGGAAAGGAUGGUGAUGCUGCUUCUCCCGGCACUGCGGAUCGAUCGUCGCUUACGUCUGAAGUCUCCCCCUCGCCAGAUGCGAUCCCAGCCAUCGAUUGGAUGCUUGGGCAGAUGAAACGUUCGCUGGGUCAGCCGAAAAAAGAGUCUGGUGCUGCUUCGAGCGUGGUGGCGGAGCACGGGGAUGAAACCCCUGCUGCAGGGGGCAGUGGUUCCGCGGGUAGUGGCUCCGCUUCUGCUUGGCUGCCCGUUCCCCGGUCGCACAGAUCUGCCCCUCCCCCCGAAGUUGUCAACGCAGCCGCAAAGCUUUUGGCGGGAACUGGGACGCUGCUCGACCGGAAUGAAACCAAGGGCCUUGGAAAUUCCGGCAAGUCUAAAGCAUCCGCAUUAGGGUUCGGUUCAGUAGCAGCGUUUCCGAUGAAGGGUGUUCCAUUGAAUGCAUUUGAGGCUGCUAAUGGGGCAGACAAUGGAGUGGAUGCAGCAGGUGGAGAGAUGGAUGAAAUCAAGAAGCAAAGAGGAGCUCCUAAGGUUGAUCUUACGCUCAAGCUCUGA